CGUCUCUUCAAUUUCAGUUCAUUUCAUUUCAACCGAGGCUACUGUCGUCUGCCUAGAAAGGAAGACCAAAUUCUAAAGGCAGAGCCAGCCAGCCAUCAAAGCCAUUCUCCUUUCAAAUUUCUGAGUAUUGUAAGAGAUGGCCGAUGCCGAGGAUAUUCAGCCCCUUGUUUGCGACAAUGGAACUGGAAUGGUGAAGGCUGGUUUUGCUGGUGAUGAUGCUCCAAGAGCUGUCUUCCCUAGUAUUGUUGGUCGUCCUAGACAUACUGGUGUUAUGGUUGGAAUGGGACAAAAAGAUGCCUAUGUAGGUGAUGAAGCUCAAUCGAAAAGAGGUAUUUUGACGUUGAAGUACCCUAUUGAGCAUGGUAUAGUUAGCAACUGGGAUGACAUGGAGAAGAUUUGGCAUCACACCUUCUACAAUGAGCUCCGUGUUGCUCCUGAGGAGCAUCCAGUGCUUCUCACCGAGGCACCUCUCAAUCCCAAGGCCAAUAGGGAGAAGAUGACCCAAAUCAUGUUUGAGACCUUUAAUGUUCCUGCCAUGUAUGUUGCCAUUCAAGCUGUUCUCUCUUUGUAUGCCAGUGGUCGUACGACUGGUAUUGUGCUGGAUUCUGGAGAUGGUGUGAGUCACACUGUACCAAUCUAUGAAGGAUAUGCUUUGCCCCAUGCCAUUCUUCGUCUCGACCUUGCUGGUCGUGACCUCACAGAUCACCUCAUGAAGAUCCUUACCGAAAGAGGGUACAUGUUCACCACCUCAGCAGAGCGGGAAAUUGUCCGUGACAUCAAGGAAAAGCUUGCCUAUGUGGCUCUUGACUUUGAGCAAGAGCUUGAAACAGCCAAGAGCAGCUCAUCCCUUGAGAAGAACUAUGAAUUGCCAGAUGGACAAGUGAUUACCAUUGGAAAUGAGAGAUUCCGUUGCCCCGAGGUCCUCUUCCAGCCUUCUAUCAUAGGAAUGGAAGCUGCUGGUAUCCACGAGACUACCUACAACUCUAUUAUGAAGUGCGAUGUUGAUAUCAGGAAGGACCUCUAUGGUAACAUUGUGCUAAGUGGUGGUUCAACUAUGUUCCCUGGUAUUGCUGACCGUAUGAGCAAGGAAAUCACUGCCUUGGCUCCCAGCAGCAUGAAGAUCAAGGUGGUUGCACCUCCAGAGAGAAAGUACAGUGUUUGGAUUGGAGGGUCAAUCCUUGCUUCCCUCAGCACAUUCCAGCAGAUGUGGAUUUCCAGGGCUGAAUAUGAAGAGUCGGGCCCUUCAAUCGUCCACAGGAAAUGCUUUUAAGCUGCUACUAUCGCUUGGGGUGUUCCUGCAGUUCGCAUUUUUGUCACUCGAUGGAUGCUGGGAUGUAUGGACGUUGUCUUGCUCCGCUGCCUAUGGCUUCAACCGCGUCAUUUUAGUUGGUUGCUUAUAGUUGGAGAGUGAUUGUGAUGUUUUCUUUCUUUUUUUUUUCCCAUUUACCAUUUGGUUGUCAUAUUUGAAGUUCUUUCUUCCUGGGAACAAUUAUGUUAAUAUUUAUUGUACGAGGAUAUUUUAUAUUAGUGUCAAUUUGCGGAAAUUAUAUUUAAUGCUGGAUUGAAACUUUCUUAGUACUUUUUGAGUAGAUUAGAAAUAUUCAAUUCAAAGGUCCAGUUUUUGGUUGGCUCAUC